AGUGUGCGCUGGCCCUUUAAGAGUUUAAGGAUUUGGGAGUGACGCGGAUAUGAAACCUAGUUUAUCUUUCCUUCCCUUCGCUAUGAAAAAUAUUUGGACAAACUAGACUAACAGCUGUGUGUAGACGUAAUUGGCUAAUUAUGUUACCGGUUUACACGACUUGUUGAAGGAAGCGACGCUUCUACGAAGAAGUAUUUGCUUCCCUCCCACCCUCCUCCUUCUCCUCCUCCACCGCCGCCGCCGCCGCCUCGGGAUUAUACUCGGAUAACUUUGGAGAAGUUCUUUGUAUUCGGGGCGGUCGAUAAGGCUUGACGGCCAGCGGGCUGAACAUGGACUGGGGCACCGAGCUUUGGGACCGAUGUGAUGUCAUCGAGAAGCACACGCACUCCGGUCUGGAGCUGGCGGAGAAGUAUGUCAAAUUUGUGAAGGAGAGGACGGAAAUUGAGCAAAGCUAUGCCAAGCAGCUGAGGAACCUGUCAAAGAAAUUUAAUCUAAAACGGUUGGGCAAAGAUGAGCCAGAUGGCAGGUUCACCAGCUACCAGUCCUUUUUGGACAUCCUGAAUGAGAUGAACGACUACGCCGGCCAGAGGGAGCUGGUGGCUGAGAACAUGCUGAUGAACAUUUGUGCCGAGCUCACCAAGUACCUGCAGGAACUCAAGCUGGAGCGGAAGUCGUAUCUGACGGAGGCCAAAAAGGCCCAGCAGGCGUUGGAGAGCACCAGCAAGCAGCUAGAAACCAGUAAAAAGCGUUUUGAGCGAGAAUGGCGAGAAGCAGAGCGUGCGGCGCAGUAUGCCGACAAGACAGAUCAGGACAUCAACGCCACGAAGGCGGAUGUUGAAAAGGCCAAACAGCAGGCUCACAUGAGGGCACACGUCGCAGAGGAGUGUAAGAAUGACUACGCCGCGCAACUCCAGAGGUUCAACAAGGAGCAGAAGCAGUUCUAUUUCACCGACAUGCCGCUAAUCUUUAAUAAACUGCAAGAACUUGACGAGAGGCGAGUUCGUAAGUUGGCACAGGGCUACGUACUUUUCUCCGACACGGAGAAGCAGGUGAUGCCUAUCAUCGGCAAAUGCUUGGACGGGAUCACCAAAGCCGGCACGAAUGUUAACGAGAAAAAUGACUCCAUGAUUGUCAUCGAGCAGAACAAGUCAGGAUUCGAGCGUCCGGGCGAUGUGGAGUUUGAGGACUUCAGUCAGGGCAUCAAUCGAGCGUCGUCCGACAGCAGCCUCGGGACGCCCAAAGGCCCUAUGGACCUUUUGGGGAAGAAUCGAAGCAAAAACUUUUGGCUUUUCAGCAAAAAAACAAAGCUCUCCCCUUCCUUGCUCCCACCUUUGUUCACACCUCCGGCCCCCUCACCCUCCAACGGACCCCCUUCCCCCAAGUUUGGCCGGGACCCCCUGUCGUACUAUUUGAAGGAGAUCAAUAAGACAGUCAAACCCAGAAUCUCGUCCUUCCGCACACUCAGGAGAUCGAAGUUCACCCCAGAGAGGCUCCCCUCGCCCGUGGUGACUGAGGACUUCACCCACCUCCCCCCAGAGCAGCGUAGAAAGAGACUGCAGCAGAAACUGGAUGAAAUUGGCAGAGAUUUGCAGAAGGAAAUAGAUAGUAGUGAGGCCCUGGGGAAGAUGAAGGAUGUUUAUGAGAAAAAUCCUCAAUUGGGAGACCCCACAAGUCUGGCAUCCCAAAUCAGUCAGACGGCCCAGAAUAUAGAACGUCUCCGUGGGGAGCAAAGCAAGUAUGAGAUAUGGCUAGCUGAAGCGGGAGGUCGAGGAGACACACCGCGUUAUAAAUCUCACUCCUUCAACAACAACGAAGCUCACGAAACGCUCAGUCCCGAUGGCGCUCAUUCUGACGGAGGCACACCCGACGCCUCCCACGCCAUCUAUGCCGAGUUUGAUGACGACUUUGAGGACGAGGAAGUCACGGCUCCGAUUGGGAACUGCACCGCCCUGUACAACUUUCCCGGCGCCAGCGAAGGCACCAUCUCCAUGCAGGAAGGCGAAGUUCUUGCGGUGGUGGAGGAAGACAAAGGCGACGGCUGGACACGUGUACGUCGUAGCAAUGGCGACGAAGGCUACAUCCCCACUUCCUACGUCACCAUCUCCCUCAAUAAAUGACACGCGGAGCGAGAGAGAGAGAGGGACACAAACAUUUCUUUCCCUAACGGGAACCAUCACGAUACACAACGGCAGCGCUUAUGAGCGGGGACCAGGAAGUAGGGAGAGUUCCAUAUAAGGUAAAUUGUCUCCUCAAUUAGCCAUAGCACGGUGCUAACGACAAAUGCCAGUUAACCACAGCACGGGCAACCACGGCGAUGUAACCUUUUCAAUGAAAACAUGUAAGUAUGCAACAUUUUUAUGUCGCUUUAAUAAGCACAGGCGGGAUCGGGAAACGUCUCUUAGAGGAUUGGAUGACAUUUUGCUGACAAUGGCAGCCAUAUCACAUGACUUUACAUCCCACCUAUAGCAUUAAAGGAAAGGACAUAGGGCUUGUAUGCUAAAUGUAAUUUAUUGCAAAGCUUUAUGUCCAAUUUGUCAGCGUUUUUUUUUUUUUUUAACUUACACACACACACACACAGUGGCGGGCAAUGUAGUCACAAAAGGGAGCAGAUAUAGUGACUUGUAUUUAUGUAAAUAUAUCCUUUAGAUACCACUAUUGUCUUAUUUAACCAUCAAUAAUGGUGAUGCUCGUCAUUUUCUUCACACAUUCUAAAGUUUUUAAAAUGUUUUUGGUGCCUUUCAGGUUUAAAUCAUCAUUAUUAUUAUUAUUAUUAUUGUGUGUGUACACACACUUAUAGCAUUUUUACAUUAAGAUAUUUUCUUGGUUCAAAACGAAAUAAAUCUGGAGCACAUUUCAAAGAUAUACGCCUCAUUUAUGCUGUUAUGGAAUCAUUUGUUAUAUUUUCUAUGCCACUUAUUCUUAAUAGGGUCAUGGAGUGUGCUGGAGUCUAUCCCAGGUUGACUUGGAGCAAGAGGAGGGGUACACCCUGGACUGGUGGCCAGCCAGCCAGCCAAUCACAGGGCACAUAUAGACAAACAACCAUUCACACUCACAUUCAUACCUAUGGACAAUUUGGAGUCGCUAAUUAAGCUAGCAUGUUUUUGGAAUGUGGGAGGAAACCGGAAUACCCGGAGAAAACCCACGCAUGCACGGGGAAAACAUGCAAAUUCAGGGAAUUGAACCCAGGUCUGUAGCCAAAAUGCUAACCUAACCACUCAACCAUCGUGCGUCUGUACCACAACAUUUUUCUACCGCUUAUCCUCACGAGGGUCGCAGGAGGGUGCUGUGGAGCCUAUCCCAGCUGUCUUCAGGGCUGAGAGGCGGGGUACACCUUGGACUGGUGGUCAGCCAAUCACAGGGCACAUAUAGACAAACAACCAUUCACACUCACAUUCAUACCUAUGGACAAUUUGGAGUCGCCACCUCGCAUGUUUUUGGAAUGUGGGAUGAAACCGGAGUAACCGGAGAGAACAUGCAAACUCCACACAGAGAUGGCCGAGGGUGGAAUUGAACUCGGGUCUCCUAGCUGUGAGGCCUGUGUGCUAAACACUCGACCACUGUCCAGCCUGCUUAGACAAGUUUUCAUUCAUUCAUUAAUUUUCUGCCGCUUAUCCUCACAAGGGUCGCGGGGGGCGGGUUGCUGGAACCUAUCCCAGCUGUCUUCAGGCGAGAGGCGGGGUACACCCUGGACUGGUGGCCAGCCAAUCACAGGGCACAUAUAGACAAACAACCAUUCACACUCACAUUCAUACCUAUGGACAAUUUGGAGUCUCCAAUUAACCUAGCACCGAGCGGGGAAUCGAACCCAGGUCUCCUAGACAAAAUUAUGCAUGUAAUGUGAUCAUUAUUUAUAGCUUUCUUUCAGGUCUCUCAAGGUCCAUUGAUGCUAUUUUUUCAGUAUGGAUUUGUAAAAAGGUGUUCUGUUAUGUUUCCACUAGAUGGCACUAUUGCUAUCUUUACAUAGUAAAAUUCCAUUCAAACUCUUUGCAAGAUUAUGUUUUCAACACAGGUCUUGUGGCACAUUUGCAAGACUCAUUAGAUAGCACAUUAGAUUUGGAGGAUUUAGAUUUAGUUGAAAGUAUAACCGAGCUUCUUUAGAGCCAAAAGAACAUCCUGCUAUCUAGGAUGAGAUCAUUUGAAUGCAAAAAGCCUUUAAAGGUCAUACAUUAUAUUGGAAUAUGGGAUGCUACAGAAUGUGGCAUGCUGCCGCCUCAGAUGAUGACUUCCAUAGGAUUCACAACUUUCACAUCUCACUUUAGUCUUAAACUGUGUAAAAGUGUAAAAAGAAGCUAAAUUGCGGUACUCAACUUGAGCUCUGCUCAAUUUGCAGUAGAGGUGAUUUAAUAGAGUUUUGAUACAGUUACCUGAUCUCACGGCUAAUGGCUGGGAUUACAUCGCCGUGCUUCAUUGGCUCGGAACAUUCAUAAAAAGAACACAUCUCUCAUACUGCUGAAAUUGAUUAGCAUAUUGCUGAAAAUGAUUAGCGCCGUCAGCUCUGUAGAAGGAAUAAAUCACAAAUUAGCUGCCUCAGUCAUAGGAGCAUUUUAUUAUACAUUUUAUAUAUAUUUUUUGCAUUUAGUGUGACUGUAUUUAUGUGGUUCAUUAAUAUUAAAAAUUAUUCUGAAAUAAACUGGGAAUAAAAUAAUUCUGCCUUGAAAUAAAUCAAAUAUAUUCUAAAAACAAAUUAAAUAAUAUAACACAUUUAUUUCAGUGUUGGCUUCUUAUUGUUGUUUUUUUUAAGAAAUGUGUCUGUAAAUAAUAAUACAAACAUGUU